GCUUCCGGUAUCCUGAGCUUCCAGGUUUGAGUACUGCUGCUGGGUGCUGUACUUGUCCCACCGCCACUGGGAUCAUGGUGUUCUACUUCACCAGUAGUAGCGUUAACUCAUCUGCUUACACUAUUUACAUGGGAAAGGAUAAAUAUGAAAAUGAAGAUCUGAUAAAGUAUGGCUGGCCUGAAGAUAUUUGGUUUCAUGUGGACAAACUCUCUUCGGCUCAUGUGUACCUUCGAUUACAUAAGGGAGAGAAAAUAGAAGAUAUUCCAAAGGAGGUGCUGAUGGACUGUGCCCAUCUUGUGAAGACCAAUAGCAUUCAAGGCUGCAAGAUGAACAAUGUGAACGUGGUGUACAUGCCAUGGUCUAACCUGAAGAAGACGGCCGACAUGGACGUGGGCCAGAUUGGCUUUCACAGGCAGAAGGAUGUGAAAAUUGUGACAGUAGAGAAGAAAGUGAAUGAGAUCCUGAACCGAUUGGAAAAGACCAAAAUGGAGCGGUUCCCAGACCUAGAGGCAGAGAAGGAAUGCAGAGACCAUGAAGAGAGAAAUGAGAAGAAAGCCCAGAUUCAGGAAAUGAAAAGGAGGGAAAAGGAAGAGAUGAAGAAGAAGAGGGAGAUGGACGAGCUUAGGAGCUAUUCAUCACUAAUGAAAGUUGAGAAUAUGUCUUCAAAUCAGGAUGGCAAUGAUUCAGACGAAUUCAUGUGAAUAGAGAAAAGGACCUUUUAAAGAUGUGAAUUUGGGGCAGUGUGCAGAAGUUUUCAUUUCAUCUAUGUUCUGAGUCAUAAAAAAACAACCAACUAAAAUUCUGCCUUCAUAACAUUCUACAAAUAUUACCAACUUCGGAGUUAAAAAAAAAAAGUGUUCCCUUUUUUGCUGUCAGCAAAGGAUCAGAUGAAUAUAUAUGUAUAUAUAAAUUUGUAUACAGUAUAGUUGGACUUUAAUACAGCAUAUAAUUUUAGGAAAGUGAAAAUAUUUUUGCCAGAACAUGCCUUGGAACCUCGCGAAAGUUGGCCGCCCUUGUUCUUGGAAUAGACUCUAGAACGAACCAACUCUGGAAAGUAUUUCUAUUACUGCGGUCUGUCCUGAAAACAGAUGCCUUGAAAAGCUCCUCAUAUUCUUAAAAUAGUCUCAGUUCUGUUAAGAAGAACAUAUUGAUGAGCAAUAUAAGUGAAUGUUCCUCUCA